CGGUUCUCCGGGCCAGCCUCUAUUUAGUACGCGCGUUCCCGCGACGGGCUUGUGGAAAAACUGCGGCUGGUCGAGCCACGCAGGGACGACUGUGUACAAUCACCGCUAGAAAUACAUUCGGAUUUCGUGUUUUCCCGAAGACAUUCACGUAAUCCAAACGGGAUCAUGACCGCGACACACGCGUACGAGCACACCCGGGAAUGACUCGGAAUCAACAAGAGGAAACGCAUUCUCCAGACGCUUGGUGAUUCUAUCCGAUCCCCUCGGCUCUGUUGAAGAUAUAAGAGACUUCCGUUCCACCGGUGCUGCCAAAGCGUAAUACUCUGUAGAUUUACGGGAAGGAGUACGGCUUGUGUCGUGGAUCGGUCAGAGACGAAGGCACACCGCAGGAGCUAGAGCAGCAACUGGUGUCUGCUGGGAGCUCCUUCCGUCUGUACCUCCUGAUUCAUCGCACCGUCCAGUGAUCCGUGCGUGAGAGUACCGGGGCCGUAGAGCACAGUCCAGGGUCGCUGGUUCAGAGUCCAUUCCGGUGACCUGUGGCUCCAUGGAGGGAUUUCCUGUCCACUGACUCCGCCCCCCCACCUCACCGCCUCUGCAGCCAUGUCAGCCUGCAGCUCCUUCACUGAGCACGUGUGGAAGCCGGGCGAGUGCAAGAACUGCUUUAAGCCCAAGAGCCUGCACCAUCUCCAGCCUCAAAACAGCGUGAGGAAGGCCCAGUCGGAGCACAGGCUUUCCCCUCCACAGCAGCAGCAGCAGCAGCAGCAGAACCAGCCUUCUGUGGGGGCCAGGCCCAACCCGGACCUCACCAACGCCCCCCAGAGGCCCGGUGGAGUGGCUGCUCGUUCGGGCCACUUCCGGCCGCCGGUGGCCAAGAAGCCCACCAUCGCAGUCAAGCCCACCAUGAUGCUGCCAUGCGCCUCCACGGAUCUGGAUCCGGAAGGCAACCUCCAGCAGCAGCAGCAGCAGCAGCCGCAGCAGCAGCAGCCGCACCGUCCACCCAGUGCUGGGGAGCAGGGCAAGACCUCCGCCUUCACGGUCUGGAACCGCAACGGGCUGAAUCGCAAGAGGCCUGCCGGGCCCAACAACAACAACGAGGGAGAGGAUAGAGGAGGAGGAGGGGAGGAGAUAGAGGGUUACGGACCGCUCAGCCCCCUGGCCCCGUUCGGGAACAACAACAACAGCGGACUGACUGACGUUCUCAAAGAGAUCGUCGGCCUGGGGCCGGGCCCCAGCCUCUGUCCCCUGUCCGGCUCCAGGGACCUCUUCUUCGGACGCAUCAACACGUCAUACCGGCGGUCCCUUGAAAGGGGUCUUCAGGCCGCGAGCUGCCUGGCCAUGGGUCAAAGCGUUGGAAGCGGAGGGUCCGGCCAGAAAAGGGUCUCCCUCAACAAAAGCGCUGAGAUCAUCAGUGCCGAGGGUGGACGCUACUGCUACCCGGAGUUUUCCAGCGGGGACGAGGAAGACGACGAUGACGAGGAAGAGGAGGAGAGCGAAGAGGAGCACGAGGAAGACGACGACGACGACGACGACGACGACGACGACGACGAGCAGGACAGCUGGGACGAGAGUGACGAGGAGAUGCUGGCCAUGGCGAUCCGCAUGCGGGGCCAGCCGCGCUUCUCGAUAUUCCGCGCGGCCACGUUGUCGCCGGUGCACUUCGCCGCCGGGACGAAGUGGAACACGGUGCCGCUGCGGAACCGCUCGCUGCAAAGGAUAUGCGCCGUGGACUACGACGACAGCUACGACGAGAUCCUCAACGGCUACCCCUCCCUGGACUCCAACGGAGCUCCCAUGGCCUACGGACAGCGCGACGUGCUGGGCGGCGGCUUCGUCUCCAACUCGGAAUCCGCCACCUCGCCCGAGUCCUCCUCGUCCCUCCUCGGGGAUUCCCGCACGGCCUCGAGCAGCGGUAGCAGCGCCGCCCCCUGCGGGCACCCGAACGGCAUGAACUCUCCCUCGGCGCCUCCACACGCUCCCCACAAGCCCUGCACUUUGGAGACUAAGGCGCCGCCCGACCCCAGGUCGGCGCCGCAGAGUCCGUUGAGGAUGGCCGAGACGCACACGGCCGUGCUCGCCAUCCGGCUGGAGGAGCAGGGCGGCAAGGAAGGCGCUCCGAUGCCUCAGGCUCUACCGGGUCAACCCGUCACCAUCAGCUUCAGCCCCACGGAGGAGCGGGUGGUCACCGGGUACCCGUACCGGGUGGUCAACCUGGAGAAGUCUCUCAUUUGCAAGCCCUACACGGUCGUAGACGUUUCUGCGUCCAUGGCGACCAAAGAAGAGCCGAUCCCUGACCCCACGUCGAAAACGAAAAAAAGCCCCCUGAGCCCAAACGCGUUCCCCGGCCCGCUGCGUCAGGCCCUCUCUCCGUCCUUCCCGGGGUCCCCUUCUUCCCCGAUGACGCCCACAACGGCGCUGUUGCCGGCGAACGCCCGCCGGAAAGCCAGCGGGAGCAUUCGGUACCAAGAGGUGUGGACGUCCAGCACAAGCCCGCGCCAGAAAAUCGCCAAGAUAGAUCACGGGUCGGGGAGCGCGCACGGCCCGGCGGUCCCCCCGCGACACUGCAGCCACAAGUCGGCGCCCACGUCGCCCAUCUCCGGGCUGUCCUCCUCCCGCACCAUACCGGUGAAAUCUCCCAACUUGUCGGAAAUCAAGUUCAAUAGCUUCAACAACGCCGGGAUGCCGCCGUUUCCCAUCAUCAUUCGCGACGAGCCGGCCUACGCGCGCAGUUACAACAACGCCGUCAAGGUGCCCAUCGUCAUCAACCCGUGCGCGUACGCCUACGACAACCUGGAGGUGUACAGGAGCUUCCUGGGACUCAGCGGGGAGCCGCCGCCGCCGCCGCCCAAAGGGGCCGUCGGCAGAGUGACGGGCAGCAGAGUGACCAGCCACACCUACGAGGAGAUCGGCUCCUCUGAGAGCGUCCAGUCCAGCGCCACGGAUAAAACCCUCUCCGGCAAGGGCACCUCUGAAAGAGCCGCUGCCGAGGAGCUGAGAGCUCGGCCCGAAGCCCUGUCCAAGAUGAUGAACGUUCAGCCAAGAACCACCACGGAUCCCGACACUGCGGGUACAAGCGUUGUACUGAGCAGCACCAUAAGCGCCGUCUCCUCUCCCACUAGUCCGGCCAACGCGGCCAGUCCUCUCACCUGUACCGUGAGCCUACCCAAGCGCAGCCCUGCUGCCACAUCAGUGGCGCCGUCCGGCCAGAGGAGCGGGGGGUCCUCUGUCGCCACCGACCUGUCCGUGUCCUUCGGGGCGGGGGCGGGCCACCGCGAGGAGGCCGGCGCCGUGCUCUCCCAGAUCGUGGCGUCCAUCCAACCCCCGCACUCCCCUCCGGAGUCUCCCUCGGAGGAGUCCGAGGCGUUCAGCUCGGAGGAGAUCUACGCCGUGCCCCCCGACGCGGCGGAGAGCCUCGCCCGGCCCGGGUCCCUGUUCGCCUCGCCCGGCGGCGCGCCCUCCAAACCCGGCCGGGAGACGCCGUCGAGGCCGGUGCCCAAGUCCCACAGCGCCUCGGCGGCUCUGCCCCUGUCCAGCCCCGCCGAGGCGGAGCCCGGCGCCCCGUUCCCCCCACCCCGCUCCACCUCCUCCCCGUACCACGCCACCAAAAUCCUCCAGAGACACUUCGGCAACUGGAGCAGCAAGUCGCCGGCGUCGGGUUCCCCCACGCGGGCCGGCGACGGCAGCGGCGGCGGCGGCGGCAGGCGGGCGGCGGCCGAGAGCACGAAACCCAAACGCUGGAUCUCCUUCAAGAGCUUCUUCCGCCGGCGGGUUCAGGACGACGAGCAGAAGGAGAAGGCGGAGAAGGAGAAGGAGAAGGGGAACCUAGUGGGGCUCGACGGCACCGUCAUCCACGUGCUGCCGCCGCCGCCCCAGCAGCGGCAGAACUGGUUCGCCGAGGCCAAGCCCGACGACCCCAGCCAGAAGCCCACCAUCAUCUUCACCUACAAGCCGGACGGCGCCGCGCACGACGGAGACGAUAAGAUGGAGGCGCGCUCGGACGAUCCAGGCGGGGAGGUCGCGGCGUCGACCUCCCCGGAAGGGAGGAGGGACCCCGGGCCGACGGCCCCGAGGGGGACGCCGUCGCCGCACGGCGUGGGGGCGGACAUCAUCAGCGAGGUCAUCAGCCAGGUGGCGGCAGCGAGCGGCCACCACCGCCCCACCAGGGACGGGGGGGAGGGGCCUGCAGGGGCCGCCUCCCUCUCCGGCCGGCUACUAAGACCCUCCCCCACGCCCAGGGGGGGUGGAGGAGGAGGGGGCCUGAAGGAGGAGGAGGAGGAGGAGGAGGAGGUGGAGAAUGAGGCCUACCACCGCCCUUACCUCCUCGCCCCCACCACCGCCGCCGCCGCCGUCACCGCGGCCAGCGAGGGCAGUGCCAGCCUGGGGGACCCCGAGAACGACAGCCUGCACUCCCAUCACUCCCACUCCCCGGCCUCCAGCGCCUGCAGCGCCACCUACAGCAACCUGGGUCAGUCCAGAGCCAACAUGAUCCCGCUCAAACAGCCGCGCAACCUCAAAGCCUCCAACGACACCCUGGCCUCGCUGGACCUGGACGGCCUCUCGGAGCAGCCCUUCCCCAAGUCCACCCCGCCCCCGCUGCCCAAGAAGUCCGUCCCGCGCUCCGUCACCGAACCGGGCCUCGCGGGCAAGGAGCCGCCGCCGCCGGGGCCCGUCGCGAGACCCCGGGCCGAGGCCAAGCCCGGCGGCACCAACCUGAGCGUGGCCAACCCCCUCUACGACCUGGACUCCACCUGGGAGUCGGCCAGCCAGAGCUCCUCGCUGAACUCCGAGCCCCACCGCCUCCACGAGCACGAGAGCGGCGGGGACUCCCUGGAGAGGCCGACGCCGCCGCCGCCGGAGGCAGCCGCUCCCUGCUCGGGCAAGGGACGUCCCGCCAACAGCCUGACCGCCCUGGCGUCUCCGGCCCCCGGCGCGGGCACCGGCGGACGGGAGAGGGGGGGCGGGUCUCUGGCGGCGGCGAGGGCCCGGACAACGGGUCGAGGGGGGGGCGGCGGCGGCGCCGUCGGAGGUCCGGGGGGCUCCUCCAAGCCCCAGGUGCCCAUCCUGUACCGGGGCAUGGACAGCUGGGAGGAGGUGGUGGGACGCAUCCGCAGCCUCCACACGGACACGCUGCGGAAGCUGUCGGCGCGCUGCGAGGACCGCUUCAUGGCGGGGCAGAAGGACCACCUGCGCUUCGGCACCGACAGCUGGUCCCACUUCCGGCUGACGGCCGGCAAGCCGUGCUGCGAGGCCGGGGACGCCGUCUACUACACGGCCUCGUACGCCAAGGACCCCCUGGUCAACUACGCCAUCAAGAUCUGCCGGAGCAAAGUGAAGGAGACCCAGCAGCAGUUCUUCCACAGCCUGGCGGUGAGGCAGAGCCUGGCACUGCACUUUAACAUCCAGCAGGACUGUGGACACUUCCUGGCCGACGUCCCCGCCCGCCUGCUGCCCUGGGAGGAGACCCAGGGAGCGGACGAAGAGGAGGACGAGGAGGAGGAGGAGGAGGAUGAGGAGGAGGAGGGAGGAGAGGAAGAUGUAGAAGGACAAAGGGAGAAGGACGAUGAGAAGAGGAAGGCCGCAAACAGGACGGCCGACGCUUCGUCGGCGGACGGCAGGCCGGAGGAGCCUUCGCCGCACGCGAGCUCGCGGGGCUCCCUGCGCAGCCGCGUGGUGGUCAUCACGCGGGAGGUCCCCUUCCAGACGGUGGCCGACUUCGUCCGCCAGGGCGUGUCCCGCCACGCCCGCAACCCGGAGCUGUACGAGCGGCAGGUGUGUCUCCUGCUGCUGCAGCUGUGCUCCGGCCUGGAGCACAUGAAGCCCCACCACGUCACGCACUGCGACCUGCGGCUGGAGAACCUGCUGCUGGUGCACUGCCUGCCCGGCUCCCCGGCCAACCCCGCGGAGCCCACGGAGCCCAACAACAACAACAACAACAACCCAGGGAACGGCGCCGGCGGUGGAGGGGCUAGUCCCGGCAACGCGGCCAACGGCAACGCCAACGCCGCCACCUGCCCCGCCCGCCUCAUCAUCAGCAACUUCUCCCGGGCCAAGCAGAAGAGCCGCCUGGCGGCCGGCGACGCGGGCACCCUGCGCGACCAGUCGCGGCUGGCGCCCGAGAUCGUGACCGCCACGCAGUACCGCAAGUGCGACGAGUUCCAGACGGGCAUCCUCAUCUACGAGAUGCUGCACCGGGCCAACCCCUUCGAGGAGACGCCGGAGCUGAAGGAGCGCGAGUACACCUGGGCCGACCUGCCGCCGCUGCCCCUGCGCUCGCUCUACUCCCAGGGCCUGCAGCAGCUGGCCAGCCUGCUGCUCACCGUCAACCCCUCCGAGAGGAUCCGCAUGGCGGAGGCGCGCGCCUGCCUGCAGUGCCUGCUCUGGGGCCCGCGGGAGGACCUGUUCCAGGCACUGGGCGCCGCCACCGCCGCCGCCGCCCCCGCCCCCGCCGCCGCGACACAGCCCACGGCGGGGGGCGACGCCGGGCAGCAGCGCGACACCACGCUGCAGAACUGGCUGGACCUGAAGAGGACGCUGAUGAUGAUCAAGUUCGCCGAGCGCUCGCUGGACACGGUCACCGGCGUGAGCCUGGAGGACUGGCUGUGCUGCCAGUACCUGGCGUUCGCCUCCACCGAGACGCUGGGCCGCGUGGUGCACAUCCUGCAGCAGCCCCACCCCCAGGUCGCCCCCCAGGACCAGCCCCACCCACAGGCUCCUCCCCAGGGCCCGCCCCAGCACCAGCAGCCGCCGCAGCCGCCGCACGUCGCCCACCACGCCCCAAACCACCACCACGCCGCCCCCACGAUCCACCUCGCGCAGUCCCAGCCGCUGUGAGCCUCUGAAGUCGGGCCGUCGCUAUGGCAACAGAUCCACCGCCACCCCUCUGGAGUGUGCGUGUGUGUGUGCGCCUGUGUGUGUGUGUGUGUGUGUGUGUGUGUGUGUGUGUGUGUGUGUGUGUGUGUGUGUGUGUGUGUGUGUGUGUGUGUGUGUGUGUGUGUGUGUGUGUGUGUGUGUGUGUGUGUGUGUGUGUGUGUGUGCGCGCACGCGCGCUUGAUGAACACUAAUAUCUGGCCUGGUCGUGUACAUCUCUGGCCCCUCGGAUCCCCUACGAGACAGCCUGGUUUCAUCUGCCUUUUCAGUAGUUUCGAUCUUUCCAUGAUGGAACGUGUAAAGGGAGUGGACAGUUGUGGCUGUCCACUCGCUCAAUUAUUCCCCCGUGACAGCGGAACAAAGAAAGCCAACAUGGGGGCUGUCAAGAAAUGAAGUCCAAAACAAAAUGCAACGAGGCGUAGACCCGUUGUAGGACACUGUGAAGUCCGUGCAGCCCGACCAUGCCGUUCGAUAUCCCUGUGUGCGGGGUGCUUAAGAUGCAGAGACACCUACGGCCUCGAGAUGUCUGCGAUUCAAUCCUUGAUCAAAGUGCACGGCCCCGGGGGCUGCUUGAGGUUUUGAGCUCAAAGCCCUGCGAGACAUUAAGGCGUUACAUAAAUGAAUCGUGCAGAUGCCCGGCUGUGUAUCCAAUAGACCUUUCCUGUGAGAGGUGCAGGCUGCAGGAGGGAUCAAGACUGAACAGAGUCAUUGUUUUGUGCUGUGUACUCGCGCAGCCACGGGUGUAUUUGUCGUUUACAUUCAUUUGCCGUGAAGAAACGUCCUGUGUGAUGUAGCAAAUCAGAGAGGUUUGAGCAGGUGAACGUUUAAUGUAUGGUGGGUUUUAGAUGCAACUCGUGGGAUGUAACUCAAUAUUUUAGACCAUGGUUCCCGUACAUGCGCCAGGAAAAGCACAAAGGACAUACUGUGAACUUUGACCAUUCAAUUAUAAAGUAGCCAAAGAAUCCCACACAAAAUUACGACUGAAUUGCUCAAGGUCACUCGAAGCCAGUCAAGGUCACAUUGACUGGCUUUGUUUUUUUCAAUCAAAUCUUACAUAAAUUGCUAACAAGUCACCAACUGUUGGUGUCAACAGUAGGUUACCAUGCCAACAGCAUUAGGUUUCCACAGUUUCUCCUUGGAACUUAUGUUCAAAUACUUUCAAAUCAAAUCCUGGCGUUUUUACCUACGGUAUGUAGCAUUUCAGUGACAUGCAGUUUUAGUCGCCAAAAACACAAAUGUAGAUUUCUUCAGUCGCAUUUAGUGUUCUUUGGCAUACAUUGCCCCUAUCGUGAUCUGAUCGCACAGUUGACUGUCAGUAUGUGUAAACCCAUUUAAUGUCGUCCUUUCCAAGCUCAAAUGGCACAAAGCAAACCGUGGAUUUAAUAUUUUGUUGCAAUGUGUGCAAUUUUUUUUGUGAAUUUUCUUAUGGAGCUUACAGUAUGUUGUUAUUUUUAGGACACCAUGAAGCAUUUUACAAACCUUUGCAAGUCCUUUUCAAUUUCUUGUGGCACAUAAAAUGACGGCAAUGUCUCAUAGACACACAGUUAAGGCUGUAAACUUCAUUUGGAUUCAAUGUUACAACGAUGGCUUGGACACAGUUUGACAUGCUUCAAUGAAUGGGGGAUGUUUUAAUUGUUUUGGUUUUUGAUUUUCUUUCGACUGUGUUCGCCGUUUUCUAACAAUACCAGUCAGUGGAUGGCAUUUACAAAUCCAUCAAGUUGCGCUGACAAACCCUGAUGGGACAAUAACAUUGCAGACAUCAGAGGUUAUCUGAGAGCCAAAGAGAGUGAGUGAAAGAGAGAGAGAGCGAAAGAGAACAUCUGAGAGAGGUUCCCUUUCAGUGGAGGAACUGGCUUGUGAUUAGUUUGGACUAAACUGUACGUGAUGGGCUGGGGUCUUUGGGCCAGACCUUGAAGGAGAGCAAACAAAUAAACCAUUUGAAACUAUUUCACUGGACCCCCCCCCCCCCCCAAAAAAAAAGCCUGCUUGAAUCUCAACCACUAGCCGCCAGAAACACUUUACAAACACAGCCUUAAGAACCCGCCCCUCCAGUGAAACUAUCCAACCACUAAGCAAUGCUUCCACACUUUCCCGCCCUUUUGUCUUUUACUUCCUGUAUGAUCCAGCCAAUCGCAUGCCAAGUCCUACUGUAUUUGCUUUCAGUGUACCCACAUGCAACAGCCAAAUAAGUCUGGCCCUAUUAUCAGCUCCAGGUGAGAUGCGAGAUGUGUCUGCCAGACAGGAAUAUCAAGUGGUUCGCUUUACCAAACAUGAGGAGCCAUCUGUCGAAAAGCCUUGGAGGUGUGGAAUAAAAAAACACAACUUUGACACACAAUGCAACCAUAUGGACAGUCUUGAAAAGAAACGGUUGGUUAGUUGAUUAAUUCACCUGUGUGUACCAUUUUCCUUCCAUUUUUUACGAACCCAUUUUUCUCUUUUUUUUUUUUCUUAUACAUGUUCCAUGAUAUCCGUCCUGCGACAUCAUUCAUAUACAUUAUCAGAAUCAAAGCGAGGCAAAUGGACUUCUGGAAUUAGGGUUCUGUUGGUGUGUGGCAACUUGAGUGUGGCAAGUGAAUCGAGAUAAAGCAAGCAUGGGAUUUUGUCACAAACAAGGGUUUGUUUCUUUAAGAAGUGUGCGUGUGUGCGUGUGUGGAUGGCACUGGUUGCUGUCCUUGUGUUUGUAAAGAUGUCAAGCCUUUAUACAAAUAUAAAUAUAUAUAUAUGCUCCAAUCUUAUCUAUUUUAACCUAUACACACUAUUUUAUCACGUCCUACAGAGCACCAGAGAGACUAAAGUAGAAUUAGUCCAUUUUAAUAAAGCAAAGAUUUACUUUACUCUCCUCCAUUGUAACGGUUAUGAGAGAAGGAAAAGGUAUAGUUGUCUCUAAAAUAAAGAGUGAAAUUGUUAACAUGGAAAAGACAAUCGUUGGACACAGCAGGCCUAUUGUACAGAUAUUUCCCCUCCUCAAUCCAGGAGUCAAACCACUUUGAAGAGAGUUCAUGUUGGAAGUGUGGGCACCAUUUUUAAAACACAUCCGUGUUCAUCGAUUUGUACCAGUGUUGCCGUGCAGUGACAGUGAAUACAGUACUUUGUUUCAUUUGUCAGUCGCAAACUGUACAUGAUGUAUAUCUCCUGGCCCGAUUCCAUUUUACUGUCAAAUCAAGUUAACCAGCGGUAACAGAAAAAUAAAUAUAUGUUUUUAUA